AAACAGCCGUGUCUACUAGACAACUCCCGGUAACAUCCAAUGGCCCACACAGUGUGCCAUUUUCCCAAUUUCCCUCACAUGGCUUGGGUUAACCCGGGGCUAUGGUUACAUUCACUCGCCCAUGAUGAAUCGCCGUCAAGAGGAAUCGAACCCGGUCUCCCACACAGAAUUUAUCAAUAUGGCAGAAUAUCCAAUUGCUAUUGAAAAAAAGAUUGCAUUUCAACAAGGGUUGCCUGCAGGAUGGAAACUUAACCCAAGCACCAAUAAAACAAUGUGUGAAGAUAAUGCAGUGACUGUUUUAGUUGAUGAUAAAUCUUUUGAUGGUGGGAGCACUUAUCUGCAGGUUCGAAAUUUAUCAGAAUUGGAGGAGGUAAAGCAGUUGAUCAGAAGCAAGCCAUUGUUUACAACUGCUAAAUGUGGCAAGAGUUAUGAUACAGGUGAUUAUGAUGGAGGUAGGCGUGGCAGCCAGGGUGACGGCGAAUAUACCACUGAAACAUAUACAGAAGAUUUUGUUGUCUUAGUGAACACAAAUCACCAACAAAUUGCAGAGAAAUUCAAUAAUGGCUUUCAGCAAGCAGAAAGGUAUUUGCACGAAGGAAAAAAAUUUCGUAUUACGAUAUCCUUGAGUGAGUCAUUACGGAUAUGGUUCAUGAACCAUGAGCAUGUCGACCACCAAUGGAAAUCGACAGCAUGGGCAGCCAAAUGCGAUAUAUAUUUAGUGAAUGGUAUCGAAGCGCCAAACUGUGCUGACCGAUGUUUUAAUUGCGAUACAUCCACUAUGGUCUUUCUUUGGUGCAUUUGUUUUCCGUUCUUCUUCUUGUUGGCAUUGCCGUAUAUCAUAUACAAGAAAUUUAUAAUGGGUAUUCACGAAAGUAAAGUGGGUGGAGCUGUUCCUGUAACCUUCCACCAAGGUCCAAUUCAAAUGGGCUUUAAGUUGACAAAUUUGUUUUUUCCACCUGGUACAACUAUUACCACUAUAACAACCUAUCCACAACAGCAGCAACCCGCUCCAUAUCAACAGCAAUAUCAACCCCAUCAGCAUGGUUACCAAGAACCGCCGUACCAGCAACAACCACCUUACCAGCAACAACCACCUUACCAAAACCAGAGCUAUUACCAACAGCAACAACCGGGUUAUCAACAGUCCGGUUUUUGAAUGAGUAGUCAUAAUUAGUCUACCAUCUCCUUUUUCGAUUCCUCUGUUCGUGGAUUCAUACUGCGUGUUUAUUUGUAUCAUUUACGUGCACUAUAUUGGGCAGAUGGAAACAUGUAACAAUAUUUCGCUAAAAAAAAAAUAAGGAAAUUGCGCAACUCUUGGAAAUAUUUUUCUUCUUCUUUUUUUCUCCGGCUAAAGCAGCUAUUUAAUUUGUUUAUAUUUUUUGGUUUACUGACUAUUAAAUGUUAUACGUCAACAUUUUAUAUUUUUAUAUUAAAUUUUUUUUUGUCACGAUAUAAUUCCAUCCUAUGUAAAUAAAUAUCCUAGGUGAUUUUUGCACAUGUAAUAUUUUUACUUCAAAAGGAUUAUAAAUUCUCAUGAAAAUUAAUUGUAAGUUUUUGUAUCUUACUUUAACAACCUUGUAAAUUAAAUCUUCAGCGCAUUUUUAAUUGCGCAAAUUUACAAUUUGCGAAAAUGA